GGGUCAUGUGAUGUUCUGUAUUCACAGAAAUACCGGUACCAGGAUGACGACUCCCCUCCUCUGGAACACAGUCCGGCCCAUCUGGCCAACCCAAUGAAAGCUCCGGAACUGGUCCAUGUGUCGGAGAAAAACCUGUCCCAGAUCGAGAAUGUACACGGCUAUGUCUCCCACUCCCACAUCUCCCCCAUGAAGGAUCACAUCUAUGUCCUCCCUCAUCUCUCCACAUUAGAUGAAUCAGACAGACAGGAUUGGCAGGACCAAGAACAUUGUGACAUGGCCAGUUCCCCUCCUGUGAUUGUAAAUACCGACACACUCGAAGCACCAGCAUACGUAAGUAUUGUGCGAAAAGUCUGUUCCUCGUUCUCCUCCUGCAUCCCAAUACUCACCUACCUACCAUGCGACCCACCUAUGGGGCUACAAGGCCAUCCUUCCUCCUGCAGGGUGACAGAAGAGAGCUGAGUCUGUUCUCCUACU